AUGACUAUCGACAUAAAUGAUAUUGAUCUUAGUUCCAAAGACAAAGGGCCUGAGAUCUACCACCACGAAGAAAAAGGUGCCAAUGCUUCACACUAUGAAGAAAAAGGUAUCGCUUCACACCUUGAAGAAAAAGAUGGAUUAGAAAUUGUUGAUAAAGUGUCGUUGAACGAAGAAUUGGCUCAAAAUUUGGAUCUUCCAGAAUCAUUGAAGGACUUGACAGAUGAAGAAUUUGAGGCAUUGGAAAGACGUACCAAGAGAAAGAUCGAUUUGAGAAUCUUGCCUAUGGUUGUGUUAAUUUACAUUUUGAACUACUUGGACAGAAAUAAUAUUGCGGCUGCCAGAUUGGGUGGUUUAGAAGAGGACUUAGGGUUGGUCGGGUCCCAAUACCAAACAUGUAUCUCCAUUUUAUUCGUUGGUUAUAUUUUGAUGCAAAUUCCUGCUAAUAUGUUCUUGAAUAAAAUGGGUAAGCCUUCCUUAUUUAUCUCAUGUAUUAUGACUGCUUGGGGUAUCAUUUCCACAUGCACUGGUGCUGUUCAAGGAUAUGGUGGUCUUAUGGCUGUGAGAGUGCUUCUUGGUUUCGUUGAAGCAGGGUUUUUUGGUUCUUGUUUAUACUAUUUAUCGUGUUGGUAUACGAGAAAGGAAUUAACCUUGAGAAACUCCAUUCUUUACUCCGGUUCCCUUAUUUCUGGUGCUUGGAGUGGUCUUAUUGCAUCUGGUAUUGUUGAGAAGAUGGAUUAUAAGAUGGGCUUGAGGUCAUGGCGUUGGUUGUUUAUUAUUGAAGGUGCCAUCACUGUUUCUAUUGUUCCACUUUCCUAUUUAAUUUUACCAGAUAUGCCAAAAAAUACCAAGUUUUUAACUCAACAGGAGAAGGAUAUUGUUAUGUGGAAGUUAAGAAUAGAAGUCGGUCAAGAUGAUUCUGAUCAAGAAAAUCAAGAGAGUUAUAAGGGUGCCUUCCUUUUGGCAAUUAAGGAUCUCAAAAUUUGGUUGCUUACGAUAACGUUCUCAUUCUUGGUUGCAGCCUGUGGUGUUACUAAUUUCUUCCCUACCGUUGUUGGAACGUUAAACUUCGACAACAUGACCACUUUAUGUCUUACUGCUCCUCCAUAUUGUAUUGCUGUCGUCGCAACAUUCUUAUGGGCAAGACAUGCGGAUAAGACUGGUGAAAGAUAUUUCCAUGUCGUCAUCCCAUUGAUCAUAGCAUUAAUAUCAUUCAUCAUAUCCGCUGCCACAUUAAACGUCGGAGCAAGAUACUUCGCUAUGUGUAUUAUGAUUCCUUCCUUAUAUUGUUCGUUUACAACUAUUUUAUCUUGGAUGUCAAAUUGUGUUCCAAGACCACCUAUGAAGAGAGCUAUUGCGAUUGCCAUAAUGAACUGUAUUGGUAAUUCGACCUCUAUCUGGAAUUCUUAUUUGUAUCCAUCAAGUGGUGCUCCACAAUUUAUGGUUGCAUUUGUUUGUAACUGUGUGUUUAUUUUAUGCUCCAUUGUUGCAGCUACUUUAUUAAGGCAGAGAAUUGUCAAAUUAAAUAAGAGAAUUGAUGCAGGUACUAUGAAAUGGGAGAACGAAUUAGGGAAAGGUAAUGACGGUUCUAAAAUCUCACCAGAUUUCAAAUACUUAUACUAG